AUGGUGACUUACGGCGUCUUCUUCUCGGUGCUCGUGCUGCUUGGAUCAGCGGUGCUGCGCCGCGCAGCCGCAACUGGCGCGGGGGGUAACGGCCUCGGGAUUGCCGCUACUCCUUCGCUGCCUGGCAGCAACGGCGCGUCAAACUAUGCUCCCAAAGAGUACAACAAGGAUUCGGUGCCGGAGAAGAGCCAGAAGACGUUUGCAGACGUGAAGGGCUGCGCAGAGGCCAAGGCGGAGCUGGAGGAGAUUGUGGCUUUUCUCAAGGACCCCUCCAAGUUCACGCGCCUGGGCGGAAAGCUGCCCAAGGGCGUCCUGCUGACUGGACCCCCCGGCACCGGCAAGACGCUGCUCGCCAAGGCCGUCGCCGGGGAGGCAGGCGUUCCCUUCUUCUUCAGGGCGGGGAGCGAGUUUGAGGAGAUGUUUGUGGGAGUGGGGUCGCGGCGAGUGCGAGCGCUGUUUGCGGCUGCUAAGAAGAAAGCGCCGUGCAUCGUGUUCAUCGACGAGAUCGAUGCCGUGGGCGCCUCCCGCAAGCUGUGGGAGAACCACACGCGCAAGACCCUCAACCAGCUCCUGGUCGAGAUGGACGGGUUUGAGGCGAACGAGGGCAUCAUAGUGAUGGCGGCCACCAACAUGCAGGAGAGCCUGGACGCGGCGCUCACUCGGCCCGGCCGCUUCGACCGCCACGUCGCCGUUCCGCUGCCCGACGUGCGCGGCCGCCUCGAGAUCCUCGACUACUACCUCCAGGACAAACCGCUGUCGGAGGACGUGGAUUCAGCGUCACUGGCGCGCAGGACGGCCGGCUUCAGCGGAGCUGAGCUGGCAAACCUAGUUAACGAGGCGGCGCUGGCGGCCGGCAAGGGCGGCCAUGCACGCAUCACGUCAUCCAUGCUUGACGAGGCGCAGGACAAGAUCCUCAUGGGCUCCGAGCGCAGGCAAGCCGCUGGCUACAUUGCCAGUCACCCUUCACAGACGGCGGAGUCACUGCGGCGGACGGCGUACCACGAGAGCGGCCAUGCACUGGUGGCCAUCCACACGGCGGGCGCUCACCCCAUCCACAAGGCCACAAUCGUGCCACGCGGCCACGCCCUUGGCAUGGUUUCCCAGACGCCGGAGAAGGAUGAGUACAGCCGGACGCGGCAGCAGAUGAGCGCGCACAUCGAUGUCUGCAUGGGCGGCCGCGUCGCAGAGGAAAUCAUCUUUGGCGCUGACCAGGUUACGUCGGGGGCGCGCAGCGAUUUCCAGCAGGCGACGCGAGAGGCGAGGCACAUGGUGACGGAGUGCGGCAUGAGCGACGAGAUCGGCCCCGUCUUCGUGGAGAAUACCGAGUCCCCCGACAUGCGCCGCCGCAUCGACGGGGAGGUCUCGCGCAUCCUCCGCGAAGCCUACAACCGCGUCACCGCCCUCCUGACAGAGAAGGAGGAGCUGCUGCACCGUUUGGCAAAGGUGCUGCUAGAGCAUGAGACGCUGACGCAGGCAGACAUCCACGAGGUCAUAGCCGGCACAUUCAAGCGCGAACCUCUCCUGCGGCCCGUGGACCCAGAAGCAGAGGCUCUGCUGGGGGAGCAGGCGGCGCAGCCUCUUGCAGAGCAUAGCAGCAAGAAUUGA